AGCCGUCACUACGCACACACAGCAGAAGUUGGAACGGGCAAAGGCGAAAACCUACCAAAUAGUGCUGUGGUGCUGAACCGUUCGGCAGACGAAAAGUGCGUGCGUGCGUGCGUGCUUGCGUUACUGAGUGUGUCCGGCGGAGGAGGUACUCCGCACAGGUGGUGAAAAAGAAACAAAGCCGUGAAAGUUUGCGAAGGGUGCUUGGAUUUGUCGACCGAAGACGGCGGCGACCCGUUCAACGACAGGAAGAGGAAUUGUGUGUGCGUGUGUGCGUGUGUGUGCACUUGUAAGAAAGGCACAGACGGUACAGAACAAAGUGUGUUGUGCGGGGUGUGAAAGCGUUUGCGCUGUUCUACAGCGUUUUGUGCGUGCAAACUAAACAGUUGACCAGCGGCAGCCCAUCAACACCACCAGCAUGGAGUCACUGAUUCCGAUCGUGAACAAGCUGCAGGAUGCGUUCACGCAGAUGGGGGUGCAUAUGCAGCUUGACCUGCCACAGAUUGCGGUGGUCGGCGGCCAGUCGGCAGGAAAAUCGUCCGUGCUGGAAAAUUUCGUCGGAAGAGAUUUCCUCCCCCGAGGAUCCGGCAUCGUAACGCGACGACCAUUGAUUUUACAGCUAAUCAAUGGAACUGUGGAAUUUGGAGAGUUCCUUCAUCAGAAGGGUAAGAAGUUCUCCAACUUUGAGGAGAUUCGGCAGGAGAUCGAAGCGGAAACCGAUCGCAUUACCGGUAGCAACAAGGGUAUCUCAAACAUACCGAUUAAUCUUCGCGUGUACUCGCCGCAUGUACUCAACUUGACGCUUAUCGAUUUGCCCGGUUUGACGAAAGUACCGAUCGGCGAUCAGCCAGCCGACAUUGAGAACCAGAUCAAGGGCAUGAUCUUUCAGUUCAUCCGCAAGGAAACGUGUCUGAUUUUGGCCGUCACGCCCGCCAACACCGAUUUGGCCAACAGUGAUGCGCUCAAGCUGGCCAAAGAGGUCGACCCGCAGGGAGUCCGGACGAUCGGUGUCAUCACCAAGCUCGAUCUGAUGGACGAGGGAACGGAUGCGCGCGAUAUUCUCGAGAACAAGCUGCUGCCGUUGCGCCGCGGCUACAUCGGCGUGGUGAACCGGUCGCAGAAGGAUAUCGAGGGCAGAAAGGACAUCCAUGCGGCCCUGGCCGCGGAGCGCAAGUUCUUCCUGAGCCAUCCGAGCUAUCGGCACAUUGCCGAUCGGCUCGGCACGCCGUAUCUGCAGAAGGUGCUCAAUCAGCAGCUGACCAACCAUAUCCGUGAUACGCUGCCGGCGCUGCGCGAUCGGCUACAGAAGCAGAUGCUAACGCUGGAGAAGGAUGUGGAUCAGUACAAACAUUUCCGCCCGGACGAUCCAAGCAUCAAGACGAAGGCUAUGCUGCAAAUGAUCCAGCAACUGCAGUCGGAUUUCGAGCGCACAAUUGAAGGUUCCGGUUCGGCGCUAGUCAACACGAACGAACUUUCUGGCGGUGCCAAGAUCAAUAGAAUAUUCCACGAGCGAUUGCGUUUCGAGAUCGUCAAGAUGUCGUGCGACGAGAAGGAGCUGCGGCGUGAAAUUUCGUUCGCCAUUCGCAAUAUUCACGGUAUUCGUGUCGGUCUGUUCACCCCGGACAUGGCGUUCGAGGCGAUCGUCAAGAAACAAAUCUCCCAGCUCAAGGAACCGAUCCUGAAGUGUGUCGAUCUGACCGUCUUGGAGCUGUCUAAUGUUGUGAGAAUUUGCACAGACAAGAUGGCUCGUUAUCCGCGUUUGCGCGAUGAGACGGAGCGUAUCAUUACUACGCACAUUCGCCAGUGCGAACAAAAGGCCAAAGAGCAGAUGAUGCUGCUGAUCGACUACGAGCUGGCCUACAUGAACACCAACCAUGAGGAUUUCAUCGGUUUCGCAAAUGCUCAAAGCAAAACCGAAAAUGCGGUCAAGACGGGCACUCGCAACCUUGGCUCGCAAGUGAUCCGCAAGGGACACAUGUGCAUUCAAAACCUCGGCAUCAUGAAGGGUGGCUCGAGACCGUACUGGUUCGUGCUAACGUCCGAGAGCAUCUCGUGGUUCAAGGAUGAGGACGAGAAGGAGAAGAAAUUUAUGCUGCCCCUGGACGGGCUGAAGCUCCGUGACAUUGAGCAAGGAUUCAUGUCCCGGCGACACACGUUCGGUCUGUUCAAUCCAGACGGACGUAACGUUUACAAGGAUUACAAGCAAUUGGAGCUGUCUUGCGAAAGCACUGAUGAUGUGGAUUCAUGGAAAGCAUCCUUCCUGCGUGCGGGUGUGUACCCUGAAAAGGAUACUCCCGCCAACGGAGAUGAGAAAUUGCUAUCGCAUCAGCAAUCUCUAGUAGAUGAUGUUAGUAAGACAGAUACUGAAGAGAGUGGAGGCGAAAGUGGUCCAACUGGACAGUCCCUUGAUCCGCAGCUGGAGCGCCAGGUAGAGACGAUACGCAAUCUUGUCGAAUCGUACAUGCGCAUCGUCACCAAAACUACCCGUGACAUGGUUCCGAAAGCUAUUAUGAUGCUCAUCAUUAACAAUACCAAGGAUUUCAUCAACGGCGAGCUGUUGGCGCAUUUGUACGCUACCGGCGAUCAGGCCUCGAUGAUGGAGGAAAGCGCGGACGAAGCACAAAAACGUGAAGAAAUGUUGCGAAUGUAUCACGCGUGCAAGGAAGCGCUGCGUAUUAUUGGUGACGUAUCGAUGGCUACCUUCUCUACGCCCGUACCACCACCGGUGAAAAAUGAUUGGUUGUCGAGCGGUCUCGACAACCCGCGGCUGUCUCCCCCGAGCCCGGGCGGUCCGCGUAAAGCUGCACCACAGCAGCAGGGUUCGCUCAGCUCUAUGGGAGCUCCGGCUGGCCGGGGACCACCACCAGCACCUGCUAGUGCUAGGCCGGCUCCGGCAAUACCGAACCGACCUGGAGGUGGUGCCGCACCACCCCUGCCCGGUGGCCGUCCAGGUGGCCAGGCACUACCGGCACCAUUGAUUCCAUCGCGGCGUUAAAAACUAACUAAACAUAGCGAGCAAAGUAAACACACGAAACGUACACGUGAAAACAAAUCUCCUUAUCGUAUGAAACAUGCAAUUUAUGUAGAGAUAUAUACAUAUUAUACAUAUACAAAACAUACGCAUAUGUGCAAAUGGAUCGUUAACUUGUAGAGAAAAGUAUGCGGAAUGCGAUUGGCGAGUUAGUUUCAACAAAACAAAAUAAAAGUUAGCAGGAAUAAAAAAAACACAAAGUUUAAACAGGAAUGCAGUCAAUCUUACAGACAGGAAGGACGGUAUCAUCUACCGAACCAACACUAAACUCACACGGAAGAGUUAACUAUCUCGUGUUUGAUGAUGACGGGUUGAUCCAGUAAAACAGUAUCUAAAAAAAAAAAAACAACAAACAAAUCGUUACAUUAAAAAUUGUUCCACGCAAACAAACAUUAUGUAUGGGUGGAAGAGUGAACCAAAGCAAGUAUAAUUUAAUUUUGAGAUAUAUUGUAAAAAUGGCAUCACAUUUUUUUGUGCGAAUUUCAACCGUGAAAUUAUUAAAACAACAAUUCUGUUACUCAUACGAACGGCAAUCUCCCAUUGCUUUUGAUUAGCUCUGUCGCUCUCUCUCUCUCUAAAACAGUGAUGCAUUUUGAGGCAUGUUAUUGUUUAGCCGUUGUGUUAUACAGCUUAUUUGAGCGUUUGAAGGAUACGUUUCAUUGCGUGUGAGGUUUAACCCCUAGCUGGGCCUCCCUCAUUGCCUCCCUUCCCUUCAAACGAUAGAGUAAUGUGUAAAGCCCGUUAGUUAGUUAGUUUUCAUCGCCAGUUGUAUGUGUUAGGAUGCGAGUGGUGUAAAUCACGAAUCACAAUCGCAAAGCAAGUAGGAGAGGAGUAGAGAAACGAUGCACUUUCCAUGUUGUUGUAAUACGUUUAUGAAAACUAAAUCCAAAUGUCGAAUCCCUACUUAUAUACUUACAAACACGGAGAAACAAUCAUGCAACACUUGAAACGAUCGUUAAUUAGAGUAUUGUACGUUAAUGCUUCAUUUUCCCAUCUUCCCCAUCACUUUGUGUUUGGCGACGAACACCACGCGCACGGUGUGACGUUCACUCUCCCCUUUUGCUAUGCGCGCGCGCACAUUAUCAUCACACACCCACCCACCCCACACACCGAUCCAGGCGUCCGGGUGGUGGUGGCUCCGUUGCUGGCAUGGCACAGAUGCUUCCGGCCAGCACCAGGCAACAGAUCAACCAGCAGGUCGGACAGGCCGUCACCAAUGCCGCCAUGAACGAACUGUCGAAUGUGUUCGCCUCGAAGUUCAAGUAAAGUAUUCCGCUUCCAGUGUGUGCAUUUUCAUCCCAAAUUUACACUUGCUCUGUAAUGUGUGUUGAUGUCACCCGGGGAGGGCGUUGUGUGUGGUGAAGGGAAGGCGAGAGAAGAGAAGAAGAAAAAAACACACAGGACAAAUCAAAUAAUUACACCUAAAACCAUGACUUGGGCGCGACUAAAUGCAUACACCUCCUUCACUGCUACAUGCCAUGUGUGUUUCGUGCGUACUCCCGCCUAUAUAGCGCAUCCUUUAAUGCUGCAAAUGUAUUGCCGUUAAACUCCUGCGACUGUGCAUGUCCCCAUUACUAUCGGUUUUUUCCCACCGGUGUGUUGUUACUUACGUUGUUAUGACGGGGGCUUAUUGUUAGGGUAAAAAAAGGGAAAAAACCGGGCUGCAAACACUAAACCGCUUGGCUGAAGCGAUAGUCCAAUAGAGUCUGGUUUAUAAAUAGUGCAACAAGCAGCUGGUUAAUGCGUAUCAGGAUGCGCAUCAGAAGCAAAAGGAAACAUUCCACAUAGUGUAGUACCACGUAUGGUAAAGAACUUAAAAUGGAGGAAUAAAACACACUAACUACCAGUAGAGUAUCAGUACAGGCGCAACCCACGCGGAAACAUUCAUUGUGCACUGCUAACCCCGAUGGAAGAACGAUUUUCAUCCAAAUUGCGUAAUCCACGCUGCACCUGCACCGACAUGAGGAUAGCUGCAAAACAUGUUGAUGUGUUGAUUGUGUGUGUUUGAACGCUUUAGUGUCUUUGUGUGUCUAGUUUUAAAAUGCAAAAACAAAAACAACUGCACCCAUCCAGUAUGGUGCGCAACCCCGAAAAACAGAAGAGAAUGAGAACAGGAAAGUGAAAAUACAUCAGCACUGUUGCUAAUACAAAUACAAGAGAAGUCUGCAGCAUAGGCAAGGACUAAACACUAUCCCUAAAUAAUCUAAACAAAUCCACUCAAAAUGUUUCAUGCAUUCUAAAAAAAAAAAAAACAAACAAGAACAUGAUAACCAACUAUAGAUGCACCAGCAAAUAAAAACAAUACGGCGAACCAUAAUUUCUUCUAAUGUUGCGAAUGAAGUACUAAUGAUAUUAAUGGGCGGCAAGUUUCACAGCGCACUUAUCCUCCCAGUACGAAAAUGCUCUGCGGAGUUGUAGUUGAAGUUUUCUCAGACAAAAUUCAUUCCUCUAUCGGAUGCCCACUAAAACCCGCAGCUUCGGGCUCUUUAAUUAUACCAAUCCACACACACACAACUCAUACACACGAUCCAUACGAAUCAGAACGAUGCAUUGUUGGGUGCAACGACAAAGUGUGCACCUCCAGUUGCAUCAGAGGUGGUAUUCACAGCACACACACACAGGACAGACAGAAAAUACAGAACAGGCGAGCGAGAGAAAACGGUACCAGUAAGAAAAAGACACAACAAAAAUAUUACAAGAAAUGAAUAUAAAUAUAUACAUAUGCAUAUAUAAAUAUAGUUCAAAGAUAACGUUGUUCACUGUUUGCGUGCGCGGAUAAUAUUUAAAGAAAACGCUUAAAAUUGUAGAAGUUUAUAGAAACGAAGCUGUGAGCCGAGAACGAUAGCAAUGUAGUCGAAACCUAAGCAAAACGAAACACACACACGAGGAGGGAGAAGACCGGCCGCUAGUAACGAUGGAGCAGGCAGGCAGAAACAACCAACAAAUGUAAAAGAAGCGUUGUAUAUUCCGUAUAGUUUAGUGUACGGCAGUUCCCGAAACGGUUUUGUUUUAAGUAUUUUAUUUCGUUAAACUCAUACCACCCAUACAAAUUGUGCUUUGUAUAUGCAUCCUAUUUUGGGUUUUCUGUAUGUUUAAAGUUUGAGCUUUCUUGGUUUACAUUGUUACUUCCUAGUUGUGUAACAUUGUAACAUUGCACUUGUUUUUUUCUUCAUCUUUUGAAUCACAAUGGACUUAAGAUACGAAUUGGUACGAAUGUCUCUCUAUUCUCUGCUGCUGCUGCUAGCUCAGCUUGAGUUCUUUCGUGCAAUUGUUGGUUGCGCAGGCUCUUGUUACAUACAAUCUUUUCAGGCGAUUGAUUUUAAUCAAUGGCACAACAAUAAGCCACAUUAUUAUGGUGAAAUCGAGAAACGUAGGGUUACAACGUAUAUAGGUCAAUUAGUAUUGUAUCUGUUGUUAUUACGAAGCCUGUUUAAAUAAUGAAAGGAUGUGAGCAUUUUCUCUUUACAAUCAUUAGCCGUAGCGACUGCAAUGAGUUCCCUCAAUCAGGACCAGAACAUCAUGGAUUCAAUUUCAUUUGCUUUAGUUUAUUUAUCAACAAAAGCCCAGAAAAAGAUAAUGUAAUUAAUCCCUCUUUCAGGUUGCAGAAUUGAUAAAAAAAAAAAACCAUUAUUCCUGCUGACCUUCCUUACAUUGUGGAAUGGGCCGACUGUUAACAUUUUAUAUGAUACAUUUUAAAUCAUCAUUUUAAUAUCCUGUUUUUUAUUGAAUGCUUUUUUUUUUGCUGCGCCUAUUUUUAAUGUUGUGUUCAAUAAGUCGGAUAUGGUGCUUUUUUAAUUUAAAAAGUUUCACCCGAAACUGUGUUUUUCCUUCCAAACCCGAAAACCAAUUUAUUUUAUGAAUAAAAAUGGGAAAAUGUAGUGUUUUUGUAGUAAACAGAAAACAAACUAUACUACCAUUAUGUUUAGGCUGGAUAUUAUUUCCCCUUCUCUCUCUCUCACUCUAAAUAAUACUAGAGCUUCUAAAUCUAGUAAAGCAAACCAUUACAGGUCUUGAAAACACUUUCCUGAAGCUGGUUAAUUAUGUUAAAGGUAAACCCGAUGCAGAAUCUCUAUUAUGUCGUGCGUGUUAUAUCAGUUUGAAUCCGCCAUCUUCAAUGAAUAAUAGGGCGCGUAUGCAAUACCAAACACAAAACUACGCGUACCAAUAGCAAAAAGGCAAAUCGAUAAAAAGAAGAGUUAAACAUACAAAACAUACCAUUUCAUCAACAUGCGCUUUGAAGAGAAUGCAGAAGAAGAAGAAGAAAAAGAAGAAGAAAAGGAAGAAGGAUUCGAUACUUACUGAUGUAAAUCGAAAAUGAAAGCAAAUGAAACACACUCAUAAACACUGACACACCCUCACACGUGAGUAAACAAUGCAAGCAAAACAUCAACAUGUACCAACAGUACAGAAAAGAAAGGCACACAAAAAGAAAAGAAAAAUGCAUUCUCCAACAUAUAUAAAAACAAACACACGUAAUAAGCAACGAGCAAACAAUGUAUAAGGAUGUGCGAUAGACGUACCACCAUGAUGCAAGACAGGUGAAACAGAUGAGAGAAGGAGAAAGGAACGAAACCAACAAAGCGAGAAACUGAAACAAACAAAACCAGAAUAAGAACUAUACAUAUUAUAUCUAUUCUACGACAGAGAAAAAUAAAGUAUAACAUAAUUAAUUGGAA